AUGUCGGGAAAUCAACCCAAUAUAUUUCAAGGUAUUCUACCAAAUCGUAUCGUUGUUGGUAUGGUCGAUGCAGAUGCAUUCAAUGGUAGUUAUGCAAAGAACCCGUUCAACUUCAAGAACUACGACAUCACAAAUUUUGGGCUGAAUGUAAACGGUGAAAACCUACCUGGAAAACCAUUUCAACUAAAAUUUGCGAGUGCAAGAGGAAGUAACUACAUUUCGGCAUUCCAAACACUGUACGCUGGGACACAUAAAAUGUUUGAAAAUCAGGGCAAUGGUAUAACUCGUGAAGAAUAUGCAGACAGUUUUACACUGUUUGUGUUCGAUCUUACUCCAGACCUGUGCCUUGGUGAUCAUGCACAACCAAUUAGAAACGGAAAUGUCUCGAUCGAAUGUCAGUUUGGAACGGCCUUGGUGGCGGCUAUAAAUAUUGUGGUGCUCGGUGAAUUUCAAAGUCUUAUCGAAAUUGACGCGAACAGGAACGUACUGUGUGACUUCACUAACUGA